UGCGACCGGCUGCUGGACCUGGCCAAGCAGGUGGAGCAGCUGAGCCUGGGCGUGUUCCACCCCGCCUUCGCACCCAUCGAGCACAUCCAGCGGCAGCUGCGGACCUUCCUGCCCAGUGACAUCCACGUCCUGGCCUCCCAGCAGCUGGGCAUCUCCCUGACCCGCUGGCCCGACGGCCGCAACGUCAUCAUCACGGACUUCGCCACCCGCGAGGAGGUCAUCCAGGCCUUGAUCUGCACCCUGUACAUCCCUUUCUACUGUGGGGUGAUCCCCCCCGAAUUCAGAGGGGAGCGCUACUUCGACGGGGCCCUGAGCAACAACCUGCCCUUCUCGGACUGUCCCAGCACCAUCACCGUGUCGCCCUUCACCGGGACGGUGGACAUCUGCCCCCCGAGCACCUCGGCCAGCAUGCUCGAGCUGAACGCCUUCAACGCCAGCUUCCAGUUCUCCACCAGGAACUUCUUCCUGGGGCUCUCCUGCGUCAUCGCGCCCAGCACCGAGAUGUUGGUCCACUACUGCAGACAAGGCUACCUGGACGCCCUGAGGUUCCUGGAGAGACGCGGACUCACCAAGGAGCCGGUGCUGUGGACGCUGGUGUCAAAGGAGCCCCCGGCCCCAGCCCAUGGGACCCGGGACACUGGCCAAGACGGAGGCCAGAAGGAGGGCCUGUCGCUCAACUGGGCAGUGCCCAGCGUGCUGGUCAAGGACGUGCCCAACUUCAAGCAGCUGUCGCCGGAGCUGGAGGCCGCCCUGGAGAAAACAAGUAGGAGGGACCCCAGGCCCUGGGCCCGCUUCCGCCGCUCGACGCCCGGGAAGGCGCUGACCUACCUGCUGCUGCCCUGCACGCUGCCCUUUGAGUACGUCUACUUCCGGGGCAGAAGGCUGGUUCUGUGGCUGCCCGACCUGCCAGCUGACCUGCGGUGGAUGCGGGGCGAGCUGCGGCGCGGGGCCCUGUGGGUGUGCUCCGGGCUGAGGGACCAGCUCCUCGCGAGGCUCAGCCCACCUGUCUCCAGCCCGCUCCCACCGGAGGCAGCUCCUCCCACGCACCCGGCCCUGAAGCGCGUGCCCCCUUCCCAUCAGGCCUGAGGGGCACCAGGCUGGCCGGCCCAGCGACUGGCCUCUCCCGGUCUGUCGUGGUCCUUGUCCUGGGUGCCCACGUCCAGGCCUUGAGUGAGGCCUGGUUCUGACUCAACCUCCAGAGCUCAGAGCCUCGCCCCUGGCCCUGGAGGACCGAGGGGCGGCCUCCCUUCUUCCUCUCAGGCUCUUGUCCCCAAUGGUGUGGGUGGGUGGCCCUCAGGAGCCAGAAGGGACCCGCCAGCCCCCCUGCAGCCCCUGCUCCUUGGGGCCGGCUCCCUGGGCCCAGCACUUCUUCCUGGGGAGAGGCCCAGCCUGUUGGUGCACCCAGGUCACCCGCCCCGUCUCAUCAGAGAGAAAGGAAGCAGAAGCUACGCACAUCACAUCGUGGUUCUGGCACUGCCCUCUGGGGCCUGGCGGCGGCCCUGCUGAGGAGAAGGGCUGGUGGGGCGCCUGGCAGGGCUGCUGGCAGAGUGAGCUGAGCGCUUUAGAAGGCGGGGAAGAUGCUCUGCCCUGAGAUCGGGAGCAGAUGGGGGGAUGGGGUGCUGUGCCUGCCCUCACAUCCUUUCGCUGAGUUCUCUGUCCGGCACCAGCCCUCGGGCAUGACCCCCGUGGUCUGCUCACUCCUCAACCUCGAUCUCUCCCUUCCUACUGGGUCCACCCAGCGAGAGCCCAGAGAUGGGAGGGGAGAGGAGAGAGGUUAAAGGGAUUAAAAUCUUUUCGGAA